CAUUAAGCAAGCUUUCUUUUCGGUCUGACCGUCGUCGAUAUCUAGAAUACCCCAAGUUUCUCCUGUCAGCUGCCCAAAGUGUUGUCGAAGCCCUCGUGGACUCUGCACGUCGCGGGCUAACAGGCUCUGAGAGUUGCUAUUCAUCCAUCUAGUACAACAAGGACUCCUCUUCGAUAACGAUCAGGACCUCGAGAACAACGCUCAGGACCUCGAGAGCUUACCUCAAUUAAACCAAUACAAAAUAAGCUUCUUCAUAGAUAUGACAUGAUGAUGAUUGAUCUGGCGAGAUCUGUUUUUUUGAUCAGAACUUGACUCCCGUUCGCCGCGGCAAUCAAAAAUUGUUGUACUUGAGUAAGCGCAAGAGCAACAGCAAGAUGUCACGCGCAAUUCCGAGCAACGUGUCCUAUUUUCGCGGUGGCAAGAACUACGGAUGCACCUUCUACGAGCGACCCGCGUCCGCUCCUCGGACUGCGCCAGCGCUUUCGAGACCGCGCUCUUCCCGAGGCCACUCUGCAAUAGCGAGAGGAGCACCUCCUGCUGGAGGUGGCGGAAAGAACCACGUUGUAGGUCCACCUCGGCAGGAAGUGAAGGCGGGAGCUUCGACGCAAGUAGCCAAAGGUGGGGAACAAACAGGUCAAGGGGGACGGCCAGCGAGUGCUGUUGUCUAUGGAUCUUCCAGUGCGACGCGACCCUGGUCUUCGCGCUCGGGUCCCAUGGUGCGGCCAUGGUCAACUGCUUCAGCACCUGGAAUAUCUGCCUCUAGGAAUAGUACAGGGCUUGCUCGCCCGACGUCGGCAAAAGUUUAAGGCUAUAAUUUUGAUUUGAUUUUCAUUUUCUAUAAUGAUCUACUUAGCUACUUGCCUGGAUGUGAGUAUUAAUCGAUGGAUAUAGUUGAGUUCUUACUAGAGUCUAGGAACUAUGUGAACAAGCGUUUUGCCAAAGAAAAUGCCACAGCGAGUGUCAUCAGGAUGAUGAAGAGGAACUGAAGCCGUACUAUCUCUAAAAAGUAGUCGCGCCUCCAGCGCAAGCCUCGAUUGAGGGCGCGAAUUUCAUGCGGCAGCCAGCUAUGGCACGACCGGCGUCAGGCGUGUCGCGACCGUCAAGCGCAGCUGCGCACAGACCGUUGAGCGGCAUCACUGCUGAGGCUUCCUCCUCAAGGACACCGAUGGGGCCAAACAUGGUCGUAACCAGCACAAGCAGACCAGGUACUAUUUAUACUACCUGUUCGUCGUGCUCGUGCCAUUACAAGAAGUGAUUGCGAUUGAUUUUUGGCUGGAUCGAUUCUCAUUUUUCGUGUAAUAGGUUUUUUUAAUUUUUAGGCUCCACGCACGAGGAUCCUGCACUAUUUUAUUUUCCUACGCAAAUUGGCAUUCAUCAGGUAGCGCCCUUUCACGUCCGCUGAGUGGACACCCUCAGGUGGCCGCGGUAUUUGCUAGCGAAGUGACACCAUCGCAGCUCCCUGUGCUAGCAACGAAUCCGGGUUUUUAUGAGAUGGAGAAACCGGCUCCGUGGGAACUCAGGGGGCAGCCGGGGCGACCCGCCUAUGCCGUUGACCGGCAAGAAUUUUGUUCAGCUGUAUCGGUACUGCGGUCCACCUCACGUGGCAAUGUUGGCGGCGUACGCGCACAAACGAAGACGCCAUCGCUGGCAACUUAUGGAGCCAAUGCGCAGCUCUUCUGUGUGCCCUUACCUGCGACUGAGAGGGAUCGGGAAAGACAACAACACCUAGUGCAAGUAGCUGGAGAUGGCGCAGAUACUGCUGGCGUUGAGAUUCCUCCUCCGCCCGCAUCAUCAUCUGGCACAAGAGCACUUGCUAGUUCGCCAGGACAGGGGCACCAGACGAACAGGAGUACUGCUGGUGUUGGGGACGUGCGUCAAGUUCUUGUCCGGGACUUUGACGGGAUACCGCAAAUGAUCGGCCACGUUGAGACGGGGAGCGGAGGCGUUGUUCUUGUUGCAAGAACGGACCAGGACCAACAGCUCGCGACGUAUCGGACAGGCGCAGCGUCCUUGGGUUCUAUGCACGCAGACCAUGGCUAUGCGAUGGCGGUGGCUAGGCGAGAGAGGGAGCGCGUGCUGCAACAAGCGCAAGAGCAGGUCGACCUACAGGAAGCUGCAGCGGCUCUCCAGAAAAAGGCUUCUGUCGUUAAGGCGCACGAUACAAAGUUGCAUCUUCAUCACAGGAGUUGUUACAGACAUUCUGUGCUUCCCCAGUCAUUCUGUGCUUCUCUAAUAUCCGCGGUGGAUUACAAUUCGGCGCGUCAGCUGCUCAUACUCUAUCUAGUACAGGCGUUGAAAAAGGGGCUCUUGGUCUGGAUGGUAAGAUGUCUUCUCCCGGUCCCGGAGAUGCGGCAGGUGCAGGCGGUGGAGGUUGCGGGGCUGCGCAUGCGGAACACCUGAAGAGAAAUCUACAACCUCUAUCCACCUUGGAGGAGGUCAUAUACGAUCAGAAGAAUGAUCUCCCAGGUUACAUGAAAGGCCGGAAGCUGCCCACAUCAGCAAAGUCUGCUCGCUCCGGAAGCAGCGCCGGCAGUUACAAUAAGUUUGUGUAUCGAAACGACUCCCAGCCUGAGCUGCGACGACCUUUUUCUGCGUCGAGAAAGCGGGAAAUUGCUGGACCUGUAGGUGCGGAUGACGCCGAAAUAGUAGACGUAGAAGUGGAGCGACCGGUGGAGCGGAUUUCCGAAGGAGGAGAUCGUGACUUUGCUUGCAGUACAACCUCUAUGUCGUUGGCGGGUGGCAGAAGUCGCAAUGCAGUGGGUGGAACCACAUCAGGAUCAGUAGAGCGACCAACCUCGGCGGGCCGCCCAACAUCGGGCCGCCCAACAUCGGGCCGCCCAACAUCGGGCCGCCCAACGUCGGGCCGGCCUACUUCGGCGGGCUCCUCACGACCCGGGUCGGCGCGCCGGCCUCAGAGUGGGAAGCGGCCACUGAGCGCAAGUAAAGUCGCGGCAAAAGCAGGCCGUCUAAAAACGAUUCCCGAUGAAGGUGAUCUAGAACACUGUAGCGACGUUCGCGCGCCUCCGGAAGCCAGUCGAGCGCGGUUCGUCGGGACCUUUUGUUAAGGCUCGAAAUAUUUCAUUUCCAAGGGUCAUUCUCUUCUUAGGAUUGCGAAGAAAUGAAGGCAAGGAGUGAAUUGUUUUGCGCUCUAUUUUUGGGCCGGAAACGUGCUGUGCUGGUCCAGCAAGAGCCUGAGGCCGUAUAGUGGCCGCGCGCGCAGUGCCUCCGCAGUAGAGUCUACACGCGGACGUGGUCGUGAAAGGGGGACGGGGACAGAUGUGUCGGUGAAUCUGUCUAGCACAACAAACGUGGUGGACGUCGACAAUUUGGUUUUCAUGGAGAGUCAACAUGGCAAACGACCGGCACAUGGAACCACGUCAGGGGAGGCGGAGGCAAGCGCGCAGCCAUCGACGACGAUAACGAAUGUCAUCGAGCCACUGCCUGGAGGAGAGGGUGGUCCAUUGGACGUCGUAGAUGAGGCAGACGGAGGUGAACACCUGCAAGGUGCUGAAAGCACAGCCACUUUUAUGUUGUCUCAGGAUAAUUCAUUAUUUGUUGUUGUUAAAUGUACUUAGUUAUAAUGUUGUUGCACCUCGUAUCACUUGUCUAAUCUCAUACAUUAGAUAUCUCAAUCUCUACAACAGAGGACCAUCACCAUCUCUGUGGAAUCGGAUUCCUUCUCAUGAAGAGCUGAAGAGAUACAUAUUUAUCAAACUUAGAUACUAGAAAAAGAUGCGUCGAUUCUUGUGUUGAGCCCUGCUUCUAACACUUCUGCCUCUGUGACUCCAUUCGUUCGGAAGCACAACUUGGCGGGCACGUUCAACCGACGUAAUCUGGAACUCCUUGUGAAGAAUCGCGCUGCAGUUCCGCGUCGCUACUCGGUCAAGCGUACUGUGGAGGCACUGGAGGAGCGUGAACGGAGGGCGCGGGAAAGCGCUGCACAGCAGGGAGUGAAACCACUCUCGAGCAGAGAAAUGGUACACGUUGUACGUCCUCCCGUCUCAUCUUCUACUGCCGUAGUGGUGCAGCAGCCUCAGAAACUACAAUUAAGACUUCCGGAAAUCCAUCUUCACAAGCAUCUUGGGCCUCCCUCAUCUUAACGGGGAAACGGGUCCACCAAGAUGCAGCUCAAGAACAAAAUGGGAUGUGAUUCCCGGAGGGUCUAAUACAUCAUAAAGAGGACUUACGCAAAAUCCUGGAGGCUGACGAUCUGACCCUGGAGGGUGAUGAAAUUGUUUUCCGCGAAGGAGAUGUAGCGUCACCCUAGACGAGACCCUUCAUUCUUCGAGUGGAGAACCGGAGAAAAUCGGUCUCCCCAUUCUCUCGUACGUUGUUGUUGAUGUAGUUGUACUAAGAAAAGAUGCAUUCAUCAUGGAUCGUAAGAAGUGUUUAGAAGUUUUUGCGAGAACACUUAGCGAUUUCUUAGACUGUCGUUGGUUCGUUUACUUCUGUAGUUUUUCGCCUAUGUAUUGAUGUUAUUGCAUGAUCAAGAAUACUCUGAUAUGACGAUUCCGGGUCUGUAACUACUUUUCGAGUUUUUCAUUCUCCUAGGAAUGAAUGUCGUGUAAUUGAUUAUUUGUUCUUUUUGAUUCCUUCACGAAAGUGAAAGUAGUUGAUAUUUAAACUACUCGGUCGGUCCUUGUUUCAGCUCCGUUAAAGGAUCAAAGUUGCAGUAGGUUUUUUUGAUUGUCGUUUUGCAGAGCUUCCGUGGUAGAUCUAUUAGGAAUGUACAGAACCAGAACAGAGCUUUCUUUCCUGAUAAAUAGUCGACUUGUUUUUCUUCCCUUUCCUAUUGAAUUCUCGUUCUCCGCUAACAUCAAGAUUCCUUUUUUCUUGAUGGAUCUAGUAGAAGCUUCUACAACAUUGAGUCUAUGAUUUAAAGGAUGGACGAGAACUAUGUGAUUUCGAUUCUUGAAGUAUCAGCGUUUUCCUCUCAGGGUCUCUUCAUCUUGCCGCGCAAAGAAAUGUCUGACCACCAUCGUAAUUGCUUGCAAGAGCCUUAUAUUUGCAUCCCACCUGGAGGUGGGGAGUAUGCCCAAAUUUCAAAAUUAGCAUCAAAAUGCUCAUGGUAACUCUACCGUGACAGCAUGCAAAAUUGGAAAUAUGUGUCCCCAAAAGUAGGAUGGGACUAUCGCAAUUUUUGCAAAAUAGAACCUCCAUGCGCUUCAGAAGAUAGCCAGC